UUUCGAUUCGAAUGAGUAACGUACUAGGCUACCAACAGAGCAGUUGUGCGGUACAAAGUGAAUAUUACAUACAAGGAAGUAAGCGACAGAAUUUUGUUUAGCAGAAGAAGGAAAGCUUAAAUCGACUUAAGGAACUCAUCAGCAAUGAGGAUGCUUAUAGUGUCGCUGCUCGGCUUUCUGGCAACCAGAAGCUGUGCAUAUGCGGCCGCCGUCUCUGGUUAUCCUUACCGUGGCGAACUGCUUGCUUUCAAUCCAGCACGUGGAGAAAUUCCUGUGGUGAAUGCAAUAACUCCCGGAUAUGUGCGUUUCCUCGACCAACAGGGUGUGCAACAUUUUGUUGGUUACAAACAUACUGAACCAGUGCAGAGCAGAAGAAUCAGCAAAGAAGACUAUUUAAUUCAACUCGUUAAAGGUUCGCUCAACAAAGACGAAGCUGAGAUUGUCAAAGCACGCGAAGAGCACUUCCGUCUGUGGUCCAUAGACCAGUACGAUCAAUACAGGCUAGAAACAGAGCGUCUAAAGGCGGCCGGUAAAGAGCCUUCAGCGGAGUUGCUUUCGAAAAUUAGAACACUGGAAGCGCUCAUCAUUGCGGCUAGAAGUGGCGUCAAUCUCGAAAAUCCAGAAACGAAGCAAAUACGAGAGGAACAUUUACGUUUGUGGAAUGAGGCACGUCUGGCAUCGUCACAACUGGAUAGCGGAAAAACUAAGCAGCAUACUGCCAUUGCUGAGGCAGCAGUAAAACCAGGAAUUUAUUUACGAUUCCAGAGCGCCGACUUGGCUAAAGACACGCCUGCGCAAACCGCAAUUUUGGGCGAGACGGCUGAGCAAAAGAAGGCACGAGAGGAGCACUUGCGCAUCUAUAAAGAGCAAGUGCAGCAUGUGCAACAACUGCAGGCAGAAGCCGCAAAGUUGGGAGAAAGCAGCGCGCAUUUGUCUAAAGAGGCACGCGCCGAGCACGCAGCACAAGAAGGAAGGCAUCAGCAAGAGCAGGGCGUACAAAUUGUUGAACAUUUGGGCUACGUGAAGGAGACACCAGAAGUGCUGCAUGCCAAAGCAGAGCAUUUACGCUUGUGGAAUGAAGCUAAAUUGCGCGCGGAGAAGGAAGGCUACAAAUACGAAAAGAAGCAAUACCAGAGUGAGCAGUAUUUGACUGAAGGGCAGUAUGACACUAAGAGUGACGCUUAUAAGCCUGAGAAAAGUAUCAGUGAGGGGAAACUCUCACAAAAAGAACCACAAUCUUAUGACCUCGAGAAACAACGCAACAAAUAUGAAGAUGCACAAAAGAGUACGUACGGCCAGCAGUUAAUUGAUACGCACCAGGGGCAGAAAUCAGAUAGUAACUUGCCCACUCCCGUUCGGGACACACCAGAAGUGCAACGCGCUAGAGCUGAGCAUUUGAAGAUCUUAGAAGAGUUGCAAAAGAAGUCAGAAUUCAUUGCAGAUACUCGGAGUGCCACCAAAAAUAUAGCCGAUUUGGCAAUACAUCAGCCAACGUCCACGCAAGCGCUUCAGCAUCUUCAACAUCAUGCUUCGAAUGAUCAACUGGGCACCACUAAAUCCAUAUCGGAUGCUGGCAUCUAUCAAAGUCAACCGCAGCCGUACGCUGUAGUGCAAGAAACAGCUGAAGUGCAACGCGCACGCGAAGAACACCUGAAGCUUGUGAAGGAGGCACACUUGAAGGCGAAGCAGUCUCAAACGCAGAGUUCUCAAAUUGGAAUUGAGCCAAAACCUACGCUGUAUGCGGCGCCGGAGAUCGUUGGAACUCCAGGUGAACUUAAAGACGAGGAAGCACGUUUACGCAUCGUGGAGACGAAACAACGCGAAGCAGAAAUUUUAGCUGAAGCUGGACGCAUUAAAGAAGAGGAGCGUUUGCAAACUGAAGAAAUGCUACGUUUGCAGCAAGAAGAAGAACGUCGUCAAGAACAGGAACGCCUUGACCAGGCAAAGGAAAAUAAAGAAGCUGAGCACUACGCUGAAAAGACUCAACUACCAACUCUAGAACAGCCAAAGGAAACGCUAGAGCAAUUGAUUAAAACGCAAAUUCAAAGAGGUGGUGAUGCUGCGGUGACAUACGACAUCCGAGAGAAAGAAAAUUAUGCAGCUAAUCCAUACUUACUGCGUUUUGCCACUCCAGCCGCUAACCAGAUCGGCGGCGCACCUAUUGCAACUACUGCCUAUUACAUAGGCGCACAGAAUCCUGCUCUACAGCAACAAGGCUAUCUCAAUCCUAGCUACUAUUAUCUGCGCGAUGCCAGUGACAGCUACAUCAAACUAGAUAAUCCCUACUUGUUGCACUACAUUACCAAUAAGCAGGAUGGUAAGGAGCAACUAGCAACUGCUGAUGCAGCAUCACUUCCGUCCGCACUUACAGCAUUAAACCAAGUGCAAAAGAUCGAACAACCAAUCGGCACAGCAUUCGCAGAGAAACCACUUGCCGCUCCAAUUAUUCCAAUUCCAGUUGCACCAGCGGCACCAAUACUGCCAAUCGGACCGUUGGCAUCCAGCGCUGCCACUAUGAAAAUUAAUUAUGGUAAUGAUCGUGGUUUAGUUGCUCUAGAACAAGCGACACGUGACCAUUUCCGUGCACAUGAAAUCGCUUUGGAGCAAUUGCGUUUGGCCAAUCAGAAACAACCGGCACAAAAGGACUGCUACUGAGUUACGGAGAUUGCAAGCGAGUUGGUAACUUAACUUAAAUACAUAUAUUAAAAAAGUCCCCCAUAGGAAAGGAUUUCUUGAUGAUUCUCGAAAAAUACGUGAAGUAGGUAUGCUCAUAAACUGAGUCGUUCUAUACAUAUAAAUACAUGCAUAU